CCUACAACCUCAAGACCUGAUAUCUAGACAGCAGCCCCCUCGAAGGCGGUGCUGGUAGAAAUUCCUCAUCAACUCCUACUUUAACGCAUGCCUACCUAGACUAUGUCCUAUCUUGACGCUCGUCUUCUUUGUAAACUUACAUCUGCCUAGCUAGGCGCGGCGAGGCCGGGCCAGCAAGUCUCGUCAGCUCCGACUGCUACCCCCUAGAAUCAUCUGAACACUCGGACAAGGUAGUGCCGUAACAGAAUAUUGGCGAGUAUCUACACUACUGUAUAUCCAUCACCCAUCUCAUCCUUCCUAUCCACAAGCCCUAGGUAUACCUACCUACCUACUGCAUACCUACCCACAAUGCAACAGUCGUACUACCGCCCAGUGCCAACGCCAAGUCAAGGGCCAUCAGAACCUCAGUCUCAACUACAAACACACACGCUGGAUACUGUGCCGGCGUGGGUCGACGAACGGCAGGAUGCCAACCAUGGCCUGUCCGCGGACACUAGCCCGGAUCUACCUCUAACCACUAUCAGACGUCCACCAUCCAUUCCUCCCUAUCUUCAGCCCCCCUACGGCUUUUACAGGGCAUACUCGCCGUACUUCAACACAUCUAUUCCGGCAGCACGAGGCUACCUUCCUCAGAGGUUGCAGCAAGAGUCACGCCCAGUAUCCAGGGGGCCUCGUGCUGUGCCCCUACGAAUAUCACGUUACGCCGCAAAUCUAAGUAGCUCCGGCCCUAGACCCGUCCCUACCCUGUCCCUCCCCUUGGAGCGACCGUAUUCGGUUCCUACUUAUCCAAAUCAGCAUACUAACGGUGGAAAUGACGAUGGCAUCACCCCGCCGCUACGACCGGCCACAUCCUCCGAGGUGGACGACAUUGACAAGCUUGUCCCCCCUCGUCCAUUGGUGUUUCCGCAACGUAGAGCUGCUCAGGAGGGUAGGAAUGCCCCUCAUGCCCUGCGGAAGGGUAGUGUAGAAGAUGCAAAACCUGCUCAGAAAACCCCGUCCACACGUGCCGUUGCGAAGCGUGGUUCCAAGAAGCCGGCUCCAGCGUCUGUUAGUUGCGGGAUGGAAACCGUGCCUAGUAAGCCUAGUACAACCUCAGCCGUUUCUCCGGACAAACUAGCAGAGCCUCAGAAAAGACCCAUUGGGUCGACGGAACCUGAGUCAAACCCUGUAAAGAAAAGCAAAAUCAAUGUGAUUGGAGGCCAAUUCGAGUCCAUCACCCCCCCUGGCCGCUCGGUUGACAGCUUAGAAAAGGUAUCUUCGACAGCAGAUCCCCUCACACAAGAAGCUCUGUCUACAACGCAAGGGAGGAGGCAAGCAGGGCGCGGCGACGACGAUACAACAGUGACAGGCUCGGAUGUCGAGGAAGAGACUACCACGACCAUGCUAGCAGAUGUGCAAAGCGCUUAAAUGAUACCUCUGCCCCGAACCACGGCGAUACUUCCCAUCGCCGAGCUCCGUGCCCUAGAUAUAGCAAUGCCUCCGCGCAGUGCGACACGGCCCCCGAGCUCGCCUCCAGCGCGACCCAGACCGAGCGCGAGGCUUCGGCUUCCGCGUUCCGCGCGCCCACCCCGACUGUAGCGAGCACGCCGAACGGCGACGCGAGCCUCGCGGAGCGUUCCUCGACGGCUAGGCUCGGCGCGGCGCUACGGCUCCAGCGCGACCGGGGCAUGGACGGCUUCAUCGAGACGCGGCUUUCCGCGGCGGGAGGAGGCGGCGCUGGCGCGUUGGAAGCCCUCACGAACGAGAUCCUUCUGGGCAUGGUGAUGGGCGCUGCCGCCGGCGCCGACGACGACGACGACGACGACGCCGAAGCUGACGCUGGUGGGGAUACCGCGCUGCUCGACCAGGUACUC